AUGCACCUGGAGGCCAUGGGAACGCCGCUAAGCCCUCGCGCUGCGCAGACUCCAGCGUGUGCAUCGCACGCUCCCGAGAACAAUCUAAGCGAUAAACAGUCUUCCAUAUUAGGCUUAGAUAUACGCGCUUCUGCGCCAGAGCAGCCAUCCGAUCUGCCAAAUACAAAUGGACCGAGGACGUUCCAGCAACAGGUAGUUCUGGAAAUGAGAAAACAGGAAUCAUUACAUCAACAAGAACGUCGACUACAGCGGCAAAAGCAGCAGCAACUUUUAUUUCCGAUGCUUCCCUCGGACCUCCUCCAGCCGUCAUGCGAUAACCUAAGCACGUCUGCAUUGCAACUGGGCCGCUGGCUGGGAGUACGGCGCCUGGUUUCUAAGGCCGCACGGAUUGGUCACGUCCGCGGCGCCUGGGGAGCCUACGUACCCGCUACCGGACGUCUAGCUGCCGUACAUGUUUCCGUACCUUCGCCACGACCAGCUUCCAUGGGGACCCCGCCAGGUGGAUCCAACGCCGCGGCGGGCUCGGGGGCAGCAGGAAUUGGGCAGGGAGGAGGGGCGGUGGCGCCGCCGCCGCUGCCGCCGCCGCCGCCGCCGCCUCCCGGCGCUGCCGACCCGCUGCCGCUAGGGGUUCAACAUCAGCAGCAGGAGCAGCACCCUGAUGCUCCUGAGGCUGGAGAUCUGCUUCCCGAGGAGCGGUUCAAGCUGCAGGUGGUGGCGGCGUGUGGUGGUGGGCUGGUCGCCACGGGUCACCCCGAUGGCCGCGUCCUGGGUUGUGGCCGGGGACCUGUCGUAGCUCUGACGGCGGACGAGGGGCUACUGGCGGUGGCGUAUCGGAGGGAGGUCCUGGGACGGUGUGGAACUACGGGCGACCCGGGGGGGCCGCUGGCUGCACAGCUUGCAGGACAGGGGCACCCUAAUCCGUCACCCCAUCCGACUUCAGAAUGUAUUCGUUGGGUUCGGCAACUCACCACCAGCAUCCAACCAAAUCUAGCGGAUCAACGGCGCAUCAACUUAGUUCCUGGGGGUGUUCUGUUCGUAGCGUCCUCCUCGCCCUCCUUCCUGGGAAAUAACUUUCUGCAAUUCGAAGUCGAGGUGGCGGCGAUAGACCUGGCGGCGGUGGUGGCGGCAGCGGCGGCUGUCGCCACUGCCGCCGCUGCUGCCGGGGCCCACAGCGCUCCUGAUGACGGCGGCGGCGGCGGCGGUGACGGCGGUGUGCCGGAUGGUGUCGUCGGUCGUACCGGCGGCGCCGGUGGCGAAUUACCGGCCGGGACGUCAGCUACAGCUUGUACUGCUGCUGCUACAGCCCCGUUUGUAAUUAGGACGGUGACGCCUCCCCAGCAGUACGUCCUCCGUGGGGCGCCCCUCUCCGAAUUCAAGUGGGACCAGCCCCUCCAGAUGUGUCUUACGGGGGGCCUGCUACUGCUCCGCUGCCUGCAAUUCCCGCUGGCGCCCGGCAAGCUGGCCUGGCCAGGCUUGUUUGCGUUCAGGAUGGGCGACCUCGUAUCGGGCCUGGCGCUGGGACGACAGUGCAGCAGCGGCGGAAGCGGCCCUGGAGCGCCAUCGGCGGCUGCAUUCCCUGCCGGCACCGACGGCCUGGCGGCGGCGGCGGCGGCGGCGCAGCCGCCGUUACUGCCUGCACCGACGGCCGUAUUAUGCCGUACCAUUCAGCCGGACGUGCUUUGCGGAGAUGGUGGUUUUGUCGCGACAGACGAGGAGGCGAUGUUCAUAGGGGAAGGCCGUGCGGAGUGUGCUCUGCCGAAGUGA